AGAACUAAAUAUAUUUGUGAGUGUGUGUGUGUGUGUAAAUUAUACAGAUAGUUUGUGUGCGUCCUGUUCCUCCUGACUAAGCUGAUAUUAUCAGUCAAGUCUUCAAGUCUUCAUUGGUAGGUGUCUACAGAGGGCUUUGCUCCCUUUGGAUGACCUCUUCAAACUGCCAGAAAAUCUAAAACAGGUUAUGUACAGAAGAGCAUGCCAUUGAGGGUCAAUGCAUGUUGCCAUAGGAAGUGACCAAGAAGAAAUUAGAAUGUACAGAGGAAGGAAGAGUGGAUGCAAAGAGAACGGGGCUGAGAAUGAGGAAUCCUGGAUUCUGGUCCCUUUGGCCCUAACUAACCGGUCUAACUAACUGAGAAGAAGGGGAGUGGUGAUGCAGGACAAGAUGAAGAGCAGUGGCUUCAGAAUUGUCAGGGAUGCUCUGAUGUUGCCACCUCUCAUCAAGUUGAUCACAAGGACAGAGAGAGAAGACUGGACCAGAGAGGAAGUGGACUGGGAAUGCUGCCGGGGGCACAGGAAUCACAGUAUUCUCCUGAAUGCCUCUUCUCCAUGUCAUUGCAUGGAUGUUAUUUUCUCAUGGCAAAAGGCAUGUAGGAGUUUGCUAUCUACCAUGCAAAACUAUUGCUGUGUACAAACAAGACUUUUGCCACAGAACUGAACAAGAUAUUAUUUCAUUCCAUUUUUGCAUCUUUUACUCUCCCUGCUUGUAGUCUUAGCUGUUUAGCCCUGGGAAUUUCAAGCUACAUUUGUUACUAUUAUUUUUGUGUACACUUUUCAAAAUGAUUGACUUAAGCUUUCUGACGGAAGAGGAACAAGAUGCCAUUAUGAAGGUUCUCCAGCGGGAUGCUGUCCUGAAGAGGACUGAAGAGGAGAGAGUCAGACAUUUGCCUGAAAAAAUUAAGGAUGACCAGCAGCUGAAGAAUAUGAGUGGACAAUGGUUUUAUGAAGCUAAAGCAAAAAGGCACAGAGAAAAAAUCCAUGGUGCAGAUAUCAUCAGAGCGUCCAUGAGAAAGAAGAGGCUUCCAAUGGCAGCUGGACAGAGUAAGGACAAAGCAAUCAGGGCAAAGCAAAGCUGGGUGAAUAAUGUCAACAAAGAUGCUUUCCUUCCCCCAGAGCUAUCUGGUGUUGUAGAAGAGCCAGAAGACAAGGCAGCCCCUGCAAACCCAAGUUCCAGUGCAGUGAAUCCAGCUUCCUCUGUGAUGAAUAUGUCCCAGGAAAAUACAAGGAAAGCACCUUUGUCUCCAGCCAAGCAAAGGAAGAAUCCAUUUAACAGCUCCAAGUUGCCAGAAGAUCACUUAUCUCAACAAACCAAAAAUGAGCAGUCAGAAAAUGGAAGCACUGGUUUACUUCAGAUUUCAAAAGAGGAUGAAUUGUCAGAGUCAAAAGAAAGGUCAUCUACCCAAGAUAUGUCAAGCCAGAACUUAGAGAAAUCAAAGCAGAUUGUGCCAGCAGAUCCUGCAAAUGGAUCCCAAAUCAAGGCUCCAAUCCCCAAAGCCAGAAAAUUGAUUUACAAAUCAAAUGAUGUAAAGCAAGAUGAUAACCAGUCUUUUCUUAGACAAAGGAUAGAUUCCCUGAAUGCCAGGGGGGCUCCUAGGGGGAUCCUCAAACGAAACUCCAGUUCCAGUAGCACAGACUCUGAAACUCUUCGUUUCAAUCACAACUUUGAACCCAAAAGCAAAACCGUGUCACCUGGAGUUACCAUCCAUGAGAGAAUUUCUGAGAAGGAGCAUUCUUUAGAAGAUGACCCUUCCCCAAACUCACUGGAGCCAUUAAAGCAUGUGAGAUUCUCUGCAGUAAAAGAUGAACUUCCUCAGAGUCCUGGGCGAAUCUGUGGCCGGGAAGUGGGAGAAUUUAGUGUUUUAGAGCCUGACAGUUUGAAGACUGGAACAGAAGAUUCAGGGAACAUAGAUGAGCUUUGGGAUGACCCCAAACCCCCCCAGUACAAAAAGCCUCUGCCUUUUCAUCAGUCAGCCUCAAGUCCAAGUGCAUCAAAAAAUGAAACAUAUCUCCCAGUGACUUCUGGUUCUGUUCCAAAUGAUGGGCUCCAGUCUCUAUCGGAAGUUCUAAAUGCAGAACCACGGUCCACUGAGAAUUCACCCACCAUCAUCUGUGAACACCAAGCUAAAUCAUCAGAAUUAACAAAGCUUGAGUCAGAAUUGUCCCCAAACCCUGCUGAUGAAUUGUCUCAUUGUGUUGAGCCUGAGCCAUCUCAGGUGCCAGACUGCAGUUCUAGAGACCAUCAGCAAGAUGACACAAGUCUAAAAGAAAAUGGCUCAAAAGCCCUGUCACCUACCAAAGUUAAACUGAAGCCUGUAAGAUCUGAUUUGACAUUUCAAGUAGAAAGAAAGAAGCUGCUUUUUGAAGAGUUCCAAGAUAAUGAUGCAAAUAUCAUAUCCAAAUAUAUGAAUUUGUCUCAAGAAGACACCUCAAAAGAAGGUCUGGGUGUACUGCAACCACUUGAAAGCUAUCGUGCUUUAAGUCAAGAGAAUAAAAAUAUGGACUAUAGCCAAGGUUCAAAAAGCAUAGGAAAAGGAAAUGGGGUACCUCACUCAACCAGUAACUACUUCUACAAUGUUCUCGAAGGAUCUGAUAUAGAAGUCCAAGUUCCAUACAACACUAAGAAUAUUGGCAACUUUGGUAAAGAUGAACCCAAGCUUCUUGAUCAUGAAAAAAAUAAAGGAAACUCAGAAGUCAGUUUUGACUCAACAGUUGUCCAAGAGUCAAAUUUGAAAGACAACAUGAAAGCAGAGAGAAAGGGCAAAGAGGAAAAUACUUCCAUUCUGGAAACUUCCUUAGAGACAGAGAAUAGUGAGUUGCUACCUAGGGCUGCCGACAAUAGAUCUUGGAAGAAGCCUGAGGUCCAGCUCCAUCAGGAAGCUGGUGAGGUUCCCAAGAACCAAGUGGAAAGAGAGAAAUACAAAAGAGUGAGGGAAAGAAUAUCCUUUUGGGAAGGGGAGAGAGAAGCUGCUGCUAAAUUAACUCAUAAAGAACCCACAUCUUCAGGUAGCCAGGAACAACCUUCUGCUAAAGCACUGCAGCCUGAGAUGUCACAGGGUGUAUCCAUGGACAGUUUAUCGACAGGCCAGAAUGAAUUUACUCAAGUCAUUGCCAAACUAGUGGUCCUUGAUGAAAAUGAUCAAGCAUCCCAUCUCCCCAGUUUUUACUCCUCAAAUAAACCUAAAGAGAUCAGGCCCCAAAUAUCAUCAGGUCCAUCCAAAAACUGUUCUUCAACUGACCAAUCAGAUAAAGUGCCUCUGUUUCAUAAUGAAAUAAAUGAACAUAUAAAAAGAUGGCCAGUGGAAGACAGUUUGCAUUCUAAAAGAGACAUUACUUUACCAGUACUGCAACAUCCAUCAAAUAUUGAGAGUGAAAAGUGUACUUCUUUGAAGAAAGACAAAUUUCUAAUUGGUGAAUCAAGUGCCAACUUCAAAGUUAUGUCCUUAAAAGAAAGAAUGGAUGAACCCUAUACAGAACACGUCUAUCAUUACUCUCAGUUUGAGAAUUUGAAAAAGUUUUGGAACUUAGGAACUAAUUCAAACAGUAAGGAUAAUUAUGAGGUGGAUACUACAAGCCCCAAAACUCCUGUGGCUUUUAAUAGCCCAAAACACAAGAAAUUAAGUGACACUAAAUCAUCAGGAAAAAAUACCCAUAAAACAGAGGCACUUCUAAGCCAAAGAAACAUGGCAGGAGAAGAAAUGGAGAAAUUAAACACAAAGGGCAUAUUCCAGGUGCUACCAGAUGACACCACAUUUACUUUAGAAUCAUCCAGAAAGUUCACUCAUCAAUUGGCAGGGAAUGACUCAUCAAAGAAAAAUUGGGAAAAGAAUAUGGAAUGGUUUGUUACUCCAGUGCUUAAGGAAGAAAAACAUUGUUCAGAUGAAGAGAUUCAAGAAUCUAUAGUGAAAACAAGUAUUGUGUCUAAAGACUACAAAGAUACUUUUAAUGACAGCUUACAGAAGCUCCUUUCAGAAGCUUCGUUGCUAGUAAUCCAACCUUCUGGUGGAAAAGUUUGUGGAAAGCAACUACUUGAACCAGGUGUUUCUGAAGAUAGGAAAUGGGUUCAAAAGACAGACUUUUCUGAUAAUGUACAAGAAGCCAAAGGACCUACAGAGAUCCCUAAUGAGCAUGCAGACAAAGCAAUAGUACCAAGUCUAGACAAGCUCCUUAAAGAAGCAACUGGAACUUCACACUCUUCCUUGCAAACUAAGAUGGAACCUGUUACCACUACAACCAACUUGCAGCCUAAUGAAAAGGAGAUAAAAGAAAAUCACAACACUUUAUUCUAUCAGAGAGAAAUAACACUUCCUUUUCCAGAGGGUGAUAAAACUUCAGGAAAUGUAGCUCUCACCCAGAAAGCUGAAAGUGAUGAAUACCAGUUAAACAAAGAGAAUUUGUUUCAGAUGACUGCAGAAGGUUCUUCUGCACUGGCCCAGCCUUCACAUCUUCAUGGAAGAGGUUCUUUUGAGGAUGUGGCCAACUUUCCACAAGAUAUGACUUUUUCCAGGGAUGCUCAUCUUGCUCACCAAGAUAAGGCAUUGUCUUCUCAAAGGGAAAUUUCAGAGACCAUGAAGAGAGUCAUUCUUCCACCCAAACUGUCACUGAAUGAUGUAAAUGAUACAUUACAGAGGCUCCUUAGAGAAGUUUCCUUGAGUUAUCCAUCUGGGAGGGAAAUAGGUCCUGGAGAUAUGAAAGCAGAUUUUUCUGAAGGAGUGCAAACAGCAAGUAACCCUCCAAAUCCUCUGGAAGUGAUUCCACCAGGGACUGCAGUGGAUACCAUUGUUCCAGACAGGAAGGAUUUUCAUACCUUCACUGUACUUCCUGAUGAAGCUCAUGAAGAUGGAUCACAUUUAGCUCCCCAAAUGUUUCCAUCAGAACAGCUCAUUAACUCAUCUGUUUCCAUUGUGGCUCAGUGUGGCAAAGAGCAACCUCAGGAAGUAGCAGAAAUUGUGAGGGAAACAAUUAUUCAGCCAAAAUCAGAGUACCUCAAAUUCAGUAUUCACUUAGAAAACCUACUUGAGGAAACACUACAAACCACCCCCUCAAAAUAUGGAAAGGAUACAGGAACCCUUUCUCUAUCAGAGUUUAUAGGGAGUACUGAGGAACCCAAGCAAGCUGCUUCUGAAUUCCAUCCUGAGGAAAUACAAGAAACAAUAGAAAAGGCUGAGGCUCUGUUAAUAACUGAGAGUGCUUUUGAUACUGGGUUUGAGAAACUUCUUAAAGAAAUAUCUGAGGUUCCUCUUUAUCAGUUCCAGGUGUCAAUGAAGGAAGAAACUCCUGAGAAAGAGUCCUCAGGGUCAGAGCAAGCUAGCUUCUCUGACACAAUGCCCCAUUUUUACUGGGCAACCUUGGGGAGCUUGGAAACAAAGGAUAAAAGUGGUUUGAAAUCUCAGGUCAACCAGUGUGAUAAGGUGUUGGGAGGAGAUGAAGCUGUGACUGAUUUAUUAGUAGAUCUUUGUGGUUCCACAAGUAGUAGGGUUGAGAUCUCUGGAACUCCACAACUUUAUGUGGAUCAUGAAAUAGAAACCAGGGACAGUGAAAGAGAUAUCACAGAGGGACAAGGGGAUUUUCAGAAACCUGACUUUGAAGAGGCUCCUGAAGCAAUUGAUGUCUUCAAAAAUAAGCAACCUAUUCUCCUGACAAACAAAAAAAACCCUACAAAAAUAAGUAAAGUUGAAUUGAUGCUAGCAUCAUCAUAUAAGAGACAAGACAAAGAACAAGAAAAAGAAGGUUUCUCUGAUUCUGAUUUUUCAGAUGGAAACACCAGUUCUAAUGCAGAAAGUUCGAGAAAUACCUCCAGUUCAGAAGAAGAACCCAAUCCUGUUUUGAAAACUUUGGAAAGGAGUGCUGCUAGAAAAAUGCCUUCCAAAAGUCUAGAAGACGUUUCAUCAGACCCAUCAAAUCAAGCAAAAGUAGAUAAUCUGCCAGAAGAAUUAGUACAUAGUGCUGAAGAUGAUCAAAAAGCAGAUCAGGAACCAGAUACAAAUGAAUGCACACCAGGAAUUUCUACAGUGCCUUCACAACCUGAUGAUCAGUUUUCCCACCCUGACAAACUCAAAAGGAUGAGCAAGUCUGUUCCAGCAUUUCUACAAGAUGAGAGUGAUGACAGAGAAACAGAUACAGCAUCAGAAAGCAGUUACCAGCUCAGCAGACACAAGAAGAGCCCAAGCUCUUUAACCAAUCUUAGCAGCUCCUCUGGCAUGACAUCCUUGUCUUCUGUGAGUGGCAGUGUGAUGAGUGUUUAUAGUGGAGACUUUGGCAAUCUGGAAGUGAAAGGAAAUAUUCAGUUUGCAGUUGACUAUGUGGAGUCACUGAAGGAACUGCAUGUUUUUGUGGCCCAGUGCAAGGACUUAGCAGCAGCAGACAUUAAAAGACAGCGUUCGGACCCAUAUGUAAAGACCUACUUGUUACCGGACAAAGGCAAAAUGGGCAAGAAGAAAACACUCGUAGCAAAGAAAACCUUGAACCCUGUGUUUAACGAGAUAUUGCGGUAUAAGAUUGAAAAGCAAAUUUUAAAGACACAGAAGCUGAAUCUGUCUGUUUGGCAUCGGGAUACAUUUAAGCGUAACAGUUUCCUAGGGGAGGUGGAACUUGAUUUGGAAACUUGGGACUGGGACAACAAACAGAAUAAACAAUUGAAGUGGUACCCUCUGAAGCAGAAGACAGCACCAGUUGCCCUUGAAGCAGAAAACAGAGGUGAAAUGAAGCUAGCUCUCCAGUAUGUUCCAGAGCCAAUUCCUGGUAAAAAGCUUCCAACAACUGGAGAAGUGCACAUCUGGGUGAAGGAAUGCUUUGAUCUUCCACUGCUAAGGGGAAGCCAUCUAAAUUCUUUUGUUAAAUGUACCAUUCUUCCAGAUACCAGUAGGAAAAGUCGCCAGAAGACAAGAGCUGUAGGGAAAACCAACAACCCCGUCUUCAACCACACCAUGGUAUAUGAUGGGUUCAGGCCUGAAGAUCUGAUGGAAGCCUGUGUAGAGCUCACUGUCUGGGACCAUUACAAAUUAACCAACCAGUUUUUAGGAGGUCUUCGGAUUGGCUUUGGAACAGGUAAAAGCUAUGGGACUGAAGUAGAUUGGAUGGAUUCCACUUUGGAGGAAGUUGCUCUCUGGGAGAAGAUGGUAAAUUCCCCCAACACUUGGAUUGAAGCCACACUGCCCCUCAGAAUGCUUUUGAUUGCCAAAAUUUCCAAGUAAGCUCAGAGUCUACUGGCUUCUCCAUUGAAAAUUACUACAUAGAUGGAACCUGAUCUUGAAAAUCUGACUAUGUGGACAAAAAUCUUCACUUUCUAUCUGUCACUCCUGAUGAACACUACUACACAGCACAUUAGUCAAUGUGCAUGUGUUUAUUUGAUUAAAAGGCCCAAGGGAUUUAAAUAAUGACAAGAUGUGCGGCUUGUGAUUCCAACAUUAAAGAAGAUAUGUGACCAAGCUAGGAAAACCUAACUGUUGCUGCUUCUUCAAAGAAAAAGCUGCCAAGAAAUACUGAAUCUGGGUUAUUUUCAACAGGAAAAUUUUCUAGUUUGCCAUUGUGUUUCAUACCCCAAUCUUGUGUUCCAGUUAAGUCCUUCUCCUUGAUUAUUGAAAAAUGUAGGACUUGUAAAUAGGGAGAAAAAUAUAAUAGAAAGUUAUUCCUGGGAUGGGGCAGGGGGAAGAAUAUCAAUGAUGACAAAGAAUUAUAUAGUAAAACAAGUAUAUACUCAGUAAUCGCCAAGAAAAAAUGGAAUUUCAUGUUAGGGCAAUAAGACUGAUUUACUGCAUUUAUUUUUGCCUUCCAAAACUGCUCUCCCUGGGCCAGGGACUUAGCUCAGUGGUUCCACUGCCUGCCUCACAAGCUCAAGGUCCCAAGUUCAAUCCCCUUUUCCUGGGCUCAACUGUACUUUGGUGCCACCCACUGGCUAAAGUAGAAUUCAGUUCUUGGCUUAUUUGGGCUUAAUUCUAUCCUAAAAUAGGUCUGUAUUUUAUAAUAAAAUAUGUUUAAAAAAACUUGCAUAAUAUGAUUGUUUUUCUUACAGCUUUACUAUAUGAACGCAGCAUAAGGGUAGUCACAGAUAUGCUUUGCACAAAGUUUAAAUUAGAAUAUAAAUUGU